AUGACGGAUAUCCUCCCAUAUCGCCAUGCGGAUGGUGCACAUGGGGACGACAUGGUUUUAUGGCCAGAUGAGCAGGAAAUUCAGCCCCUACCGGCCAACGUCAGUCUUUUGAUGGAGACAACUGCUUGGUUUGGUCUAAACACUCCCCAAGACCAGGGGCACCGUGCAUAUCCCGAUGCUACCGGUGAAACGGGGUUGUACGAAGGCGGCGACGGCGACGACUUGUUGAACAGGAACGGUGUCAUCGAACAGCCGGACUUUAACACAGCCAACAAUGCCCAGGUCUUUAGCCCACUACUGUCUCAGGCCAAGUCCCCUUCUCCCUCAGUGGCAGCUCGUCCUUCCGAAGUUGAUAUGGUGAACAUCCCAAGCACUCACGGCCGCCGGUAUACCUGCCAGCCCUGCUCGUUCUCUUCCAACACCAAGCGGGACUUUAAGCGCCACCAGAAUACGCGGAAGCAUCAGUCAAAUGCGACGAGGAGCAUGGCUACUUUGGAUGUAAACAUUGACGGCCAAAGACAGGAUUAA